UACACAUCGUCUGUAAAGCUCCUUUUAAGGAAGGUGUUGGAGGAACAAACAAAUCCAGAGGUCUUUAAUCGCUGUAUGUCCUGCUGAAGGCUGAAGCUUUUCUAUUCUGCCAAUUCUGGAGGCUGAGCUUCCAUUUGAUCCAUCUGUGUUUGUGUGUUGGAGUUAUCCUGGGGCCUCAAGGCUUUCCACCGGAUGAACUGCAGCCAUGGAGGUGGCACUCGUAGACUUUGAGAGCCUGGGCAUGAAUGACAGUCUUGAGGAUGAGAUGGACAGCUUUGCCGAUGAGACCACGGCUCUCACUGUGGACAUGCCCCCAGAACACAGCAGCCUGGCCAGCAGCUGUAACCUUCGUGCCCCUCAGCUUACCUCAGCGCCCUCCCAUCACAGUCCUGUCCACAACUGCGCUUUGGAUUCCUCACCAUCUGCACAAAUACUGGGUGCACCCCAGUCCCCAACAAUGACAACUACAAGAAUGCAUGGACGCCCUAGUUGUGCCAGUAUGAUCUCCAAUUGGAAAAUGCUGCUGAGCAGCGAUAGCAAUAAGGAGAGUGAAACCAUUUUCAAGCGGCUUACUAAGGAGUGCUGCGAGGAUCUGUUUGCCGAUAAACAAGGGCUAGAGGAUGGAGACCAGAAAGUCAUCAUUAAUAUUGCCGGUCUUCGUUUUGAGACACAGCUCAAAACAUUGGACCAGUUUCCUGAAACACUGCUAGGAGACCCUGCAAAGAGGAUGGACUACUUUGAUCCAAUGAGGAAUGAGUACUUCUUUGAUCGAAACCGACCUAGCUUUGAUGGAAUCUUAUAUUACUAUCAAUCAGGGGGUAAGAUUCGACGUCCAGCGAAUGUUCCGUUAGAUGUGUUUGCAGAUGAAAUUAUUUUCUACGAACUUGGAAGCGAAGCCAUGGAACAGUUCAGAGAAGACGAGGGGUUUAUUAAGGACGUUGAGGUCCCAUUGCCGACUAAUGAUUUAUAUAAGCAAUUCUGGCUCUUAUUUGAGUACCCAGAGAGCUCUAAUGCAGCCCGAGGUGUAGCCCUAGUGUCCAUUAUUGUUAUUGUCAUCUCCAUUGUUAUUUUCUGCAUGGAAACACUGCCAGAGUUUCGUGAUGAAAUUGAUCCAAUUGUGCCAGUGGUGGUACAACACUUCAACAAAUCGGCAGGUUACAGUUCUGCAUCUCCACCCAAUGUAAAGAUCACAACUUUAACAGAUCCCUUUUUUAUUCUUGAGUCUGCCUGUAUUGGCUGGUUCUUCUUUGAACUUUUAGUGCGAUUUCUGGUAUGUCCUAGCAAAAGGAAAUUUUUCCAUAACCUCAUGAACAUUAUUGACCUCAUAGCCAUCAUCCCUUAUUUUAUUACCAUCAUCACAGAAAUGGCCACCGCUACACAUGAGAGUUCAGGACAGAACAUGUCUUUAGCCAUUUUGCGCAUCAUCCGACUGGUUCGGGUUUUUCGUAUAUUCAAACUCUCUCGUCAUUCAAAGGGGCUGCAGAUUCUAGGACAGACUCUGAAGGCCAGUAUGCGUGAGUUGGGUUUGCUCAUCUUUUUUCUCUUCAUCGGAGUCAUCCUUUUCUCCAGUGCUAUCUACUUUGCUGAAGUAGAUGAGCCUAGUACACAGUUUGUCAGCAUACCUGAUGGCUUCUGGUGGGCUGUGGUUACCAUGACCACCGUAGGCUAUGGGGAUAUGUGUCCCGUAACACUGGGGGGUAAGAUGGUGGGUACUUUAUGUGCCAUCGCUGGGGUGCUGACCAUUGCAUUGCCUGUGCCUGUCAUUGUUUCAAACUUCAACUACUUCUACCACAGGGAGUCAGAAGCAGAGGAGAAGUUACCCGUGACAGAUGCUGCCGAGGAAGGCGCGCACGAAGACGCACAUACCAAAAAUGGGAUCAGCAAUGCAACCAAUAAGGCCAAUGGCAUGUGGAAGAGUGGCAAAGGGAAAUAGUGCAAAUGAGGAGAAAAAUGCUUUUGUGAAUAAAUAUAAAAGUAUUAUAGAGGACAUUAACUGUUUAAAG